AUGCCAUCAACUCGUAUGUCUAUAAAUAACGAUUCUGAUAAAGAGAACACAAUGGACAUGGAAGAUGUUGUAAUGAACAAUACUAAUAAUUCAAAAGAACAUUCUCAGAAUUCUCGCUUAAAAAAAUAUGAAAAUAUUAUUGGGAGCAAUAUCUAUGAUCCUGACCAAGAUAAAAACGAGAAAAGAUGGCUACGCAAAGAGUAUAGAAGUCUUAUAGAAGAAACUGAGGAAUAUUUAAGACCUGAUUCUGAUGGCCUUGAAAAAAAUAUUGCUAAAGCUAAUGAAUUAUAUGAAAAAGUAAAAAAUACACAUGAAGCAACGCUUGAUUCAAGACUCUUGGUGUUGUCGAGUGAUUUGGGUCUACAGAAAGCUCGUCGUAUGAGAUUGGACAAUAAUUGCUUUGAUACAGAAGAUUAUAUAUCAAAAGUAGUUGGCCGUUUGAAAGUUAGAAAUGCUGAUAAUGAAGAUUACUAUGAUUGGAAAAAAAUUGGUAAACUUGCUGCACAAUCUACUCUAAGGGUACCCACAACUGGAUUCAUUCUCGGACCUCUUUCAAUUGAACAAAAAGAAAGACAAAAGACUGUGAGAAGGGUUCUUGAGAAACAUGAAAAAGAUCUUAAAACGCCUGUUGAAAAUAUUAAUAUACGUGUUAUUGCAGCAUUAUGUGAGCCACCCACAAGUGAUGAUUACGCUCAGGGUUUGAUCAAGAAACAAUUGGUGAUGGAAAUAGAUAUGGACACUUGGAAGGAUAUUAUAGAAGUUUAUGGCAUUAAUGAGUCUGUAAUUCCAACAAGAGAAAGUAAUCAAGUUGGAAAUGAUGCUGAUAGAACAAUUGAAGAUUUAACAAAAGAAGUAGAUGUGUGGACAGCAACCUUGGAGAAUUAUAUUGAUACUGUCAUUGAAGAAAAUAAUGAAACUUUUAAAAAUAAAUCCCAAAUUAAAGUAUCAGAUGUUGUGAAAGAAUAUUGA